GUAUUUCCAAAAAGGCGUAGUGGCAGGACGGCAGGGUGGGAAAUGGGCCUGGCUGGAAGGAUCUUUUUAUGUGUAUUUUUAUCAUCCAUGUGUUGGAUGAAGCGGAGAGCUGCCAGAUAGCUGCUUUUCCACAGCUUGGAGUUACUGUUGGGAACAGAUCCAUGUAUGGAAGCGAAAGCCGAAAGGCACAGAUAAGCAGAGAUCCAGCUAUGCAAACCAUGUUUAGAGACACUUAAAGGACAAGCAUCCCAGGUCCUUUCUUUCUGGUAAAUUCGGCGAAGCCAUCAUCCCGGGUCUUUUUUCACAUCCAGCCCAUGCGGACUGAGCAGCCCAGACUUGACAGAGUAGGUUGGGACACUUGGAAGUCUACCGUUGUACAACAUGCUGCCGUUAAGACUCUCACCUACCUUUUCGAUGGGAUGUCAUCUGUUAGCUGUUGUGGCUCUCUUAUUUUCCCACGUGGACCUUGUAAGUGCUGAGACAGAAAUGGAAGGAGAAGGCAAUGAAACCGGCGAGUGUACUGGCUCAUAUUACUGUAAGAAAGGGGUGAUUUUACCCAUUUGGGAGCCCCAAGACCCUUCCUUUGGAGACAAAAUUGCUAGAGCUACUGUGUAUUUUGUGGCCAUGGUCUACAUGUUUCUUGGAGUCUCUAUCAUUGCCGACCGGUUCAUGUCCUCUAUAGAAGUCAUCACAUCUCAAGAAAAAGAAAUAACCAUAAAGAAACCCAAUGGAGAGACCACCAAGACCACUGUGAGGAUCUGGAAUGAGACUGUUUCCAACCUGACCUUGAUGGCCCUGGGAUCUUCUGCUCCAGAGAUUCUCCUUUCAGUAAUUGAAGUGUGUGGCCAUAACUUCACUGCAGGAGACUUGGGUCCUAGCACAAUCGUGGGAAGUGCUGCGUUCAAUAUGUUCAUCAUUAUCGCGCUUUGUGUUUACGUGGUCCCAGAUGGAGAGACAAGGAAGAUUAAGCAUUUGCGUGUGUUCUUUGUGACAGCAGCCUGGAGCAUCUUUGCCUAUACCUGGCUUUACAUUAUUUUGUCUGUCAUCUCUCCUGGGGUUGUGGAGGUCUGGGAAGGUUUGCUUACCUUCUUCUUCUUUCCCAUCUGUGUCGUGUUCGCCUGGGUAGCAGAUAGGAGGCUUCUGUUUUACAAGUAUGUCUACAAGAGGUAUCGGGCUGGCAAGCAGAGGGGAAUGAUUAUCGAGCAUGAAGGAGAUAGACCAUCUUCCAAGACCGAAAUUGAAAUGGAUGGGAAAGUGAUCAAUUCCCAUGUUGACAAUUUCUUAGAUGGCGCUCUGGUUCUGGAGGUCGAUGAGAGGGACCAAGAUGAUGAAGAGGCUAGGCGAGAAAUGGCUCGGAUUCUGAAGGAGCUCAAGCAGAAACAUCCAGAGAAAGAAAUCGAGCAAUUAAUAGAACUAGCUAACUACCAAGUCCUAAGUCAGCAGCAAAAAAGUCGAGCAUUUUACCGCAUCCAAGCUACUCGCCUGAUGACUGGAGCUGGCAACAUUUUAAAGAGGCAUGCAGCCGACCAGGCGAGGAAGGCUGUCAGCAUGCAUGAGGUCAACACUGAAGUGGCUGAAAAUGACCCUGUGAGUAAGAUCUUCUUUGAACAAGGGACCUAUCAGUGUCUGGAGAACUGUGGUACCGUCGCCCUGACCAUUAUCCGCAGAGGUGGUGAUUUGACUAACACUGUGUUUGUUGACUUCAGAACAGAGGAUGGCACGGCCAAUGCUGGGUCUGAUUAUGAAUUUACCGAAGGAACUGUGGUCUUCAAACCUGGUGAGACCCAGAAGGAGAUCAGAGUUGGCAUCAUCGAUGACGAUAUCUUUGAGGAGGAUGAAAAUUUCCUAGUGCAUUUGAGCAAUGUUAAAGUAUCUUCGGAAGCUUCAGAAGAUGGCAUCCUGGAAGCCAAUCAUGUUUCUACACUCGCUUGCCUCGGAUCUCCUUCCACCGCCACUGUGACCAUUUUUGAUGACGACCAUGCAGGCAUCUUUACCUUUGAGGAGCCCGUGACUCACGUGAGUGAGAGCAUUGGCAUUAUGGAGGUGAAGGUACUGAGAACAUCUGGAGCUCGAGGAAAUGUUAUCGUUCCCUAUAAAACCAUCGAAGGGACUGCCAGAGGUGGAGGGGAGGACUUCGAGGACACUUGUGGAGAGCUCGAAUUCCAGAACGAUGAAAUUGUCAAAACAAUAUCAGUCAAGGUAAUUGAUGAUGAGGAGUAUGAGAAAAACAAGACCUUCUUCCUUGAGAUUGGAGAGCCCCGCCUGGUGGAGAUGAGUGAGAAGAAAGCCCUGUUAUUGAAUGAGCUUGGUGGCUUCACAAUAACAGGAAAAUACCUGUAUGGCCAACCUGUCUUCCGGAAAGUUCACGCUAGAGAACAUCCUAUUCCCUCUACUGUAAUCACCAUUGCAGAGGAAUGUGAUGACAGGCAACCACUGACCAGCAAAGAGGAAGAGGAGAGGCGCAUUGCAGAAAUGGGGCGCCCCAUUCUGGGAGAACACACUAAGCUGGAAGUGAUCAUUGAAGAAUCCUAUGAAUUCAAGAGUACCGUGGACAAACUUAUUAAGAAGACAAACUUAGCCCUUGUGGUUGGGACAAACAGCUGGAGGGAGCAGUUUAUUGAAGCAAUCACUGUCAGUGCUGGGGAAGAUGAUGACGACGACGAAUGUGGAGAGGAGAAGCUGCCCUCCUGCUUCGAUUAUGUGAUGCAUUUUCUGACCGUGUUCUGGAAGGUUCUCUUCGCCUUCGUCCCCCCUACAGAGUACUGGAACGGCUGGGCCUGUUUCAUCGUCUCCAUCCUCAUGAUCGGCAUACUGACGGCUUUCAUCGGAGACCUGGCUUCCCACUUCGGAUGCACCAUUGGCCUGAAAGAUUCUGUGACCGCGGUGGUGUUCGUCGCCCUCGGCACCUCGGUACCAGACACAUUUGCAAGCAAAGUGGCAGCCACCCAGGACCAGUAUGCAGAUGCGUCCAUAGGUAACGUCACCGGCAGCAACGCGGUGAACGUCUUCCUGGGGAUCGGCGUGGCCUGGUCCAUCGCUGCCAUCUACCAUGCAGCCAAUGGGGAACAGUUCAAAGUGUCCCCUGGCACGCUAGCUUUCUCUGUCACUCUCUUCACCAUUUUUGCUUUCAUCAAUGUGGGGGUGCUGCUGUAUCGGCGGAGGCCGGAAAUUGGAGGUGAGCUGGGUGGGCCCCGGACUGCCAAGCUCCUCACAUCCUGCCUCUUCGUGCUCCUAUGGCUCUUGUACAUUUUCUUCUCCUCCCUGGAGGCCUACUGCCACAUAAAAGGCUUCUAAAGGAACAAUCAGAUAUAGUAAAUUUAUAUAUAUAUAUACGUAUAUAUAUACAUAAAAUAUUAUGUAUAAUGAACAGAGGAAACUGACAUUUGUCCUGUUCCCUUACCUGCUGAUGGAAUCCAGCUUCAAGAGCAUACUCUGUGCUAGGGCCGAAGUGAGAAACCAUCACCUCCCAUUCCCAGGGGCAUCGUCACAUUGAACAAAGGCGUGGAGGCAGGGGCAUCUGUGCAGCUCAGCCCAGAAGGACUGUGUUCUCUCCAGGUUCAUAAAUCGUUAAGUCUUUGAUUUUGUUUUCUGUUUCUGCUUGGUUUUGGUGGGGGCUGGGAGGUGGCUGAUGUUUGACUUUUGUGUUCUGUCGUUUUGUUGGGAGGGUCAAAGCUUUUGUUUCUCUGGUGGGAGGUGAUGACCAAUCUAAAUGCAAAUGGGUUUUUGGUGAAAAUUUAAAUCAUUACAAUUACUCUCUCCAAACACUUUGAAAAAUUAUUUUGGAUUCAGAAAGGAUAUGGGCAUGGAAAAGCAGCAUGUCUUCACUAGGUCACUAAAUUUCAUGCUUAUCUCUGGAACAUGAGCAGAGGUAAAGCUGCCUCUGAGAAGCAGCAUGGGAGCUCGAAUGCAGCCAGGAAGAGUGAUGGUUCUAGAUACAGUCGGAUAUUUAAAGAUAGGAUGCCUGGCACUCUUGUUCAACAGGUACAGGAAUAAUGUGCCUCGAUUCCCAAGAACAUGCAAAAUCAUUUAUUUCGUAUCUCUUUAGCUCUGGACUGUGAUUAGCAAGGCCCUCAUUCUGGUUUUCCAGCCUGGCUAGCCACCCCCUGCCCAGGCCCCCAUCCCAAACCUCCUCCUCCUGCCCACCACCUCUCAUGCAAAUAGGAAUAACCCCACUCAAAAAGCAUAUCAUCCUUUUCCAUUUGCAUCACUGUGUCCCAGUCCCAUGUUUGCUGUUGCCUGGGAUCGUUCGUCAGUUUCAUUUUCAAAAGCAUCCAUGGCUUGCACAGUCCUGUUCCAGUCAUGACUGAACAUUGGCUCCUUCUUCAUGUGCCUGUUUGGGAAUGUUGUUGUGAUACCUGUUACACAGUGCAUGGAUGAAAAACAAAAUAAGUGUAUCUGUAUAUAGUAGAGUGUAGCGUGUACUGUUCUCCCAUCCAGCAAUGUUGACUGGACAUUGAAGACAUAAGUGAGUUUCCUUUUCACCUGAGUUGUAACUUUCGUGUUGUUGUUGAGUUUGAUUUUACUAAGGACAAAAGGAGAAAAUGGCUUAUUGUUCAUGGACCUGCACAUUCAUUUCUAAGAAGCAAUAACAGUUCACUGGGAAGUUAAAGCUAUUGAGAGGACAGCAGGCAAACUACCAAGUAUCUGCAUGGAAAAUUAGCCAUGUGGAAUACACCAGAGGCCUCUAAACAGUCACCUGUUGAUUCUGGAAGGCCAAGGAGAGAGGUAUAGAGCAGUGGCUGGAUUCGAAGUGCCCGGGCUUUGAGAGCCUCCGUUUCCAUGACACCCCUGCCCCUAAAGUAUUUAUUUCACUUCUGCUCUGUCUGGCACAGAUGGUAGAUAGUGGUUUGUUCAUUUUAUUUUUUUAUGUAAAAGGCUAUUUUGAGCCCUGUUUCUUUCAUCGCCCAGACUCCUCUGAUUGUAUCUGCAGUUCCUGAGUAGGAAAGGAGCCAGGGAGACCAAUGGGUCUUUACAAGUGCAUCUUCUGCACUUAUGACUAAGGAGUAAGCAAUUAAAUGAGAUUAGUGCCUCCCAGGAGGAUUGCGCUGGGAGGUUUUUCACCCUGGAAAAGGAAUGGCUCUUUCUAUUUCAAAAUACCAAAGAGCAAGGGUAAACCCAACAUUCCAAAGUAGUGAAUCCAGUAAUGAGGAAAAAUGGAAUGACGUUGGUCCCGCCUCAGAGACUUCUCUAUCUAUAAAGAAUCCCAGGCCAGAGACACCGCUGGCCCUUUGUAUUGAUUCAAAGAUACCUAAGAGAUAAAAGCUGUUCAGAGUUAUUUCCUCUUUUUCUACUCAGUAAUCAUGAUCAUUCAUCAUUUAAUAAACAUUUGGUGACUGAAUGAAUAAUUAAAUGCUGGUUACUACUCAAUAUGCCAGGUACUGUGCUACUCUUGGGGCCUAAACCAUGAACAAGAUAGCCCAGAUCCCUGCCCUCAGGGGGCUCACGGCUAAUGUGAUUGUGAUUUCCAUGGGUAAAAGUUAGCACAGCCAUAUGGAAACAGUUUUAUCUUGCAAGGAAAAACACAAUUACAAAACUCUUAACAUAAACAUGUUGAAAUUGUCCCAAUACAGUUGUCCAAAUAUCUAAGAUUUUAACCAAGAGAUAAAGCACAGAUUAGGGGCAGAAGCAUCCUAUGUAUCUUUGGCUGAUCUUGCAGAUAUAUACACCUCCCCAUCGUAAGCCAAGAAAGGCAAUCAUGUUGGUGAUCCAGAUGACUGAAAAGGUCCAGUUAACCCCAGUUUUUAUCUUUGUUGGUCAACAGUACUUUUCUACGCCCCACACCUCUACAGUUCCUCGUAUCUCCAGGAGACUCACCCCAGCAGGCCAUGGCCCAACACUGUGGGUCUAAGUCUUUUGGGGGCACAUUCUAACCCAUUUUUUUUUUUAAGAUGUACUAAACGGAAAGCUAGCCUAGAAAACACCAAGUAAAUAUAGUCCAAGGAUGUGGGUUGUUUAAACAUUAGAUUUUGCACUCAAUUUUAGCCAUAUCUGGAACGUCGAUAAUCCCAUAGCAAAUUUUCACCGAGGACUUUCAGAAAUUCUUGCCAUUGAAUUUUAAUUUCAAAGCUUUUUGGUUUGUUUGCUUUUUCAAGUUUCAUGUUAUAGAGAAAAUAUGAUUCUGAUUGUUCAGAGUUGUUAAUAAUUGUAGUUGUGUAAAAUUAUUUCAUUUUAUUUUGUGUGUAUUGUGCACAGCUUUAGGGGGGAAGUGCACGAAUUGUGCCGUUCCUUAUAAAUGGUACACAUUAUUGACACAGACAAAUAAAGUUUCUAAUUGUUUCUGAUUUAAUCACUAGUGAUACAGCAUAAUCUGUAUGGAAUGUUUCCUCUCAUUGUCAUUGACUUCAUUUUUGUUUUCAUGUUUUGAAGAAAUAAAGACCAAAAAGGUAUUAUUGUGCAGUUGGUAUCCUCAUCCAAAAGAAAGAAAACAGAUACCCAGUAUUCAGACUCUUGCAAAUGUCAACCCUUUGGUCAUACAAGUUUUCCUUUUUAAUGUCCCAAGAGAGCAGAGUGUGAGAAUAUGUGUCUAUCUGAUGGUACGGAGAUAAAUGUUGGAUGUUUCUCCAUUUCACUAAUUGUUUUGUUUUUUUUUUUACAUCUUUUAGCACCACUUUAUCCUUUCUGCAGCCAAGAACAUGAACCUAUAAACAGUUACACAUCAGACCACUUUUUAGCAGAAUAUUACAGCAAAUAAAUCAAUCCCAAUGAAACUGAUCAGAAGUAACUAGUUGUUUCCUAAGGGAUACUUAGUAUCAUAUACUGUAUUCCUCUUGAUUCCCCAAAAAACUUCCUGUAAUAAUUUCUGAUUAAUUACCUGUUAUUGACUUUAUGUAUCAUAUAGUCAAGAGUAUAGGAAGAGGUGACACCAGAAAUCAGCAUUUGUGGAAAAAAAGAAAUGUGACCUCUCAUUUGUGUACUUAUUUGCAAGCCUACAUUAAUAACAGUGGAUUCAGUUCUUAAAAUAGAAUCUGUCCACUAUGUACAUGUAAAUAAUUUAUUCAUCUGAUCAUCUUUUUAAAAUUUGCUUUGAAUUCAUUAUGUCUAUAUAUGAUUAUGUGUGGCACACUUUCACAUAUGAAGGAAAUAAGGUAUAACUUAAAUAUUUUCUUGGAUCAAUAAUUAAUGUCUCCUAGUUACCAAUCUUUGGUUUAACACAAAAUGAGCAGCCAACAUUUAUUUCUUCAAAUACCAAAGACAGUAAUUCAAUGACCAGAGUAGUCUUCACUGUUUAACUACCCUUCAACAAAAUGUCAUGGCUCAAUGAUUCGCAACCUCUUAUAAGCUAAUUUUAGUUCAAAGAUAAUGAAUGAUUCAAGCCCACCACCAGUGAAGAUUUCAGAGAGCUUUGCUUUCUAUACAGAAUAAAAGCAACAAGUAAAACUGUUUUUCAAAGAAAAAAAAAAUAUGCUCUUUUAAACCACCCUGCAGGUAUUCUGAUAGGUGGAUCCCGUUCACAAUGAGAAUCCCUAACACAGCAUCUUUCCCCCAGUGGUCUCACAGGUAACAGAAGCACUUUGCCUUUUCCACACAGGGCUAGAUUCCUUGUUGAUUCCCCAGCCCAGGAUCCCUGAUCCUAAUCUGUCAAAAUAGAGAUUGACUGGUUUGUUCUACACACAUCUGCAAUUAGAAAAACAAUAAAUUUCCUCAGGUAGAUGAUGAAGCCUUCCAUUCUCUAACAGUGACAAAACGUCACCGUCUCAAGAAUGUAAAUCAGCCCCUUUAAGACUUCUUUUAAAAAGUGUUUCCUGGUUCAAGAUGUAGUGUGUCUUUUGAUUCUGGUUUUCUGUCUCUGAUCUUGGGCAGUUGCAUUCAGAGCAAGUAGAGUAUAGUUUCGUAACUUCAAGAAUAUUUGGCCGUGUCAUGAUUGACAAUGCACAACCUUAAAUCUCUCCCAAACUUACAAGUGGCACUCACAGCUUUUGUUAUAGUAAUCACUUCCCUUGGCAAAAGCAUUGUAGCUAUUGGUAAAAUGUAGCAUUUUAACUGAUAAACAAGUGAGUGAAUUAUGUAGAAGAGCUUCACACAAUCAUAUUUUUCUUACAGAGAAAGAAAGAUGCUGUUAUGAGUGCAUUUAUUAGCUUUCAUUCAGAUCUACCUACAGAUUUUUGUUAAUGGACUGCAUUUCUGCUCUUCAAUAUUACAUUUCAGUCACUUCUAGCUAUGUUGUCUUGCACCCAACACAUUGUAAGUGUUCGGUGGUCCAGAUGGUAUUCCACCUACAAGGACACAGGGAGGGGAAACAAUUGCACUAGUUAGAUAUUUCAUUGUUGGAACUUAAUCAGGCCAUGGUUAAUCACCUCCCAAGGCAGAGAAUGUCCCAUAGAAAGAACCACCACGAGAGCUAGGUCUCCCAAGGGAGAGCACACUUCAGCUUUCCAGCCCACAAGAACUAGUGAGUAGCUUCCUAUGACUUUUCCCCCUGCCUGCCAAGAUGUCCAAAAAGAUGUCCUCAGAGGCUCUACCAAUUUUCACUUUUGUCAAAGUUCCUCUGAUUUAAUCCGAGGGACCUUUAAAUAAAGUCAUUCUAUCACUAUUUUGAUGUAUUUGUAGGAAAACAUUACUUCAUGACUUCAAAAGGCAACAGGACUUUGUAGUUCAAACCACAACUCAUAUCUUUACAAGGAAGACUUGCUUGCCCAGAAUCACCCUAUCUGUAAUCAGUGAAGUACUUGACCUACUCACAUUCUCUAGAAUCAUGCUGUCCUAACUUUAUCAAAGAUCUGGAGAGGGAUUCACUGGAAAUUGUUUAUUCACCAAGGAGGAUCUGGCCCAGAGAUUUCCAAAGACCUCUCUCUACAUUCCCAAGUUGAAAUAACCCACUUUCAAUUCACAGAACUUUUUAUUAGACCCCUUGAACCCACAUGGUAGGACAAGAGAUAAAUUCUCUAGGGAGAGCUUUCUUAAAAAUGCGAUUCUGUUUGUUAUGGCCCUAUUUUCUCAUGUGAAGAUCCUAUUCUUUCUAAUUGGAAGGAACAAUUCUAAUAACCAAAUAUAUAACCGCUUUUCAAAAUGUUUCACUUAGAAAAUUAACUUUAUAAAUACUUAAAAGUUAUAUGACCUAGCCAGUUCAGAGAAAAAUAAUUUUCUCUAUAUGUACAUUUCUCUACCUUCUUAUACUUAUCUUAACAUUAAACUUUGAAAAAUGCUCCAAAGAAGAAAUCUUGAAAGAUUUUACAUUCUAAUAAUGUUCAUGUAAGUGAAUAAUAUGGCUAAAAUAAUGUUUUAGGAGACAAUUAUCUAUGUUUUGACAGAACACACUUAAAAAUGAGAGAAUUUAGCACAAAUGUGUGAGGUAAUAUUUCAUCACAAAUUAUUCUUCUCUAAAAUAUUUGAAAGUCGGGCGCCUGGGUGGCUCAGUCGGUUGAGCGACUGCCUUCGGCUCAGGUCAUGAUCCUGG